AUGGCUAUUGGUGGGUGUUUCUGCGGCAAUAUCCGCGUUGAAUCUACUGCUGAACCCAUAGCUUCGGGAGUGUGUCACUGUUAUGACUGUCGUAAACUGACCGGCUGUCUCUCCACUAUCAACUUCAUCUUCAAAACUACGGACUUGAAAAUCACUGGAACUCCGAAGGGAGUGUCGAAGACAGCGGAUAGUGGAAACCAUCUCAAGAACUUCUUCUGCCCAGAUUGUGGUACGCCACUCUACGGGGGCAGUGUUAACUCUAGUGGAACUCUGGCCGAGACAAUUGUCGUAAGGGCCGGGAUAUUUGACGACCUUGAAGAGUUGGAUGCACGAAAGCCACAGUUAGAAAUCUUCACAAAUGGCCGUGUAAAAUGGGUAGAACCCAUCGAAGGGGCUGCUCAAUUUACCAAAUCGCCACCGUCAUAUUCUACUCCCACUGAGAUCCCCUAG